GCAAUUGUCGCUCUCCGUACGCGGCUCCCCGGUGCCAAAAAUGAGCCGGAGACGCUGCGACUGCAACGGCCCCGUCGAGGCUUCAGCAUUUGGAGCUUUCGUCCCGGAUCUGAAGACUCUAAGCAUCACACUGCCGUCCCUGCAGCCGCUGAGCGCCGCGCACGACUGGGAUUACUGGCCGUUCGGCGCGCGAUGCGAACGCGAGUACUACGCGCUAGAAGCGAGCGGCAGCCUCAUGCAGAUGGACGCAUACGAGCGCGCGGACCUGCAGGAGAGCAUGCCGUCGAUCUGCGGCCUGGACGGCCGCCAGCUGGAGCUGGUCCUGAAGCAGUACGCUGGGACGAAAGCGUUUAGAUACGCGGCCGCAAGGAUGCCGGACUGGUUCCGGCAGAUGUGCCACACGGGCGCGCUGGUGCCGUACGUCGCCGGCGAGGAGGUCGCGCACGCCGCCGCGCGGCCGUCGCCGCCCGCGAGAAGGGCGCCCGCCGCGGCGCCGCCGCGGAGACGAAUACUGCGCGGCGGCACGCGGCGGCCGCCGGCGGCGCCGGUCCCGGCGGCCGUCGAGCCCGACGAGCCCGACGAGUCCGACAAGGACGACAAGAUCAACGUGAGAAGGCUGACGUUGGCGGACUACAACAAGCCGGGCGUCUCCAUGGCCGACAAGGACGCGAGACUAAUAGCUUUAUUGGAUGCGUGUCGAGAGGGCGUGUUCGGCGAGGAGCUCCGGGACUGCGACGUGCGCAUGGACUGCGUGGUGGCGCGGGGCUACCCGCUCGGCGUGGACGUGAAAAGACGACGUAAAAUUUUCGGCACCGACCCGCACGCCGACCAGUUAUUGCUGGACGCGGGCUUCGUGCGAGUUGGUGCGAGAUGCCCUGCGGCGAGGGCGGACGAGGCGCUCGAGCGGUACGGGCCGGUGCUGCGGGACGCGGCAAAGCGCGGGCUCGCGUUUGGGUCGUCGCGAUCGGCGAAGAUGACGGAGCUUAGGAAGGCCAUCUGCUGGUUGAGAGAGCGGGUAAAGAAUGCGCGUGCGUCGGACGACGUCGUCCUCGAGCUCGCCAAGGAGCUGGGCAAGCUGGCGCCGGAGGACGCGAAGGGCGGCCGGUGGGGCACCGAAGUUUACUGGGCGCACUACUACGCGGACCAGGCGCGCGCGGUGCUCGCUCGCGCAAACGAGGAGGACGAGGAGGAGGCCGCCGAAGCAGUUUCGGCGACGCCGCGGCCGCGGCCGCGGCCGCGGCGCGCCGCCUCGGGACUGGCGCCCGCGGUCGUCGAGAGCAGCGACGACGAGGACGUCGCAACGCCGCCGACGGACGACUACGAGGACGAAUUUGACGCCGCGCCCGCGGCUCGGCAGACGCGGAAGCGGGCGGCCACGAACACGGGCGACGGCGGGGAUGACGCGACGACCGGGGCGCCGCGAGCACGGCGGCGGCGAGACACGGACGUGCCCGACGCGUCCGACGUCAAGAAGAAGAUCGACCCGACGAAGCUGACGAAGAAGGACUGGAACCGGCGCCUCCCCAUGGACCAGAAGGAAGAGAUCCUCGUGGCGUGUUUAGAGGCGAUACGAGCGGGCGAGAUCCCCGACGUCGAGGACUGCGACGUGCGCCAGAACUGCGUGCUGUCGGGCGGCUACGAGCUCGGCAUGCACAUGAAGCGCCGACGUCUGAUCUGGGGCUCCGACCCGGACGCCGACCAGAGAUUGCUGGACGCGGGCUUCGUGCGAGUUAGCGCGAGAGGCAACGUUGCGAGGGCGGACGAGGCGUCCGAGCUGCACGCGCCGGUGCUGCGGGCCGCGGCGGCGCGCGGGGACGGGUCGUACGCGACGACGGAAAUUAAGGACAGCGUCACCUGGUUGGGAAGGAAGGUAAGGGAAGCCUCGCGCGCGUCCGAUGUGGCCGACAACGUCUACCUCGAGCUCGCCAAGGAGCUGGGCAAGCUGGCGCCGAAGAAAGCGAAGGGCGGCCGGUACGGCACCGACGUUUACUGGGCGCACUACUACGCGGACCAGGCGCGCGCGGUGCUCGACGGCGAGGACGCGGCGCCGCUGGUUCCGAAGAAGCGGAAGCGGGCCGCGGCGCGCGCGAAGCCGGUCAAGAAGCGGUCGGGGCGGCGGCGCUAGGGCGUCUCUGUACUGUCUAUAA